AUGGUCCUCACCAAUGUCACAACUAUUACACAUUUCAAUAUAUUGGGGUUCCCAGGACUUCUGCCUCAGUAUUUUGGCCCAGUGUCAGCACUUCUUUUCUUUGUCUACUUAGCAAUCAUGACAGGAAACAUCUUCAUCUUGAUUUUUGUAGUAUAUGAGAGAAGUCUUCAUAAACCAACAUAUCUGAUUUUCUGUCACCUUGCUGUGUCAGACCUAGCAUUUGGAACCGUGACACUGCCUAAAAUCAUAUCCAGAUAUUGGUUGGAAGACGAGAUAAUUUCUUUCUAUGAAUGCUUUGCACAGAUGUACUUUGUCCAUUUCUUAGGAGCUGCCCAUUCUUUCCUUCUUAUGAUUAUGGCCCUUGAUCGUUUUGUUGCCAUAUGUAAUCCAUUACGAUACUCAGUUGUGAUAAACAACAUUAGCAUUUCUGUUCUGUGUGGGAUAUGUUGGCUCCUUGCAAUGUCAUUUAUGAUACCAGUCGUUUUACUUGCCCUCCCUCUGCCCUACUGUGACUCAAAUAUUAUUUCACAAUGUUACUGUGAUCAUACUGCAAUAGUAAGACUUUCAUGUACAUACAGCAGCCUUGUUAGUAAUGUUACAAAGACUCUCGCAAUGUUUAGUCUUCUGGGGCCUCUCACAUUCAUAUUGUUUUCCUAUGUUAACAUCAUUAUAUCUGUCCUGAGAAUGUCUAAAACUGGUGGGUCCUACAAAGUGUUCUCUACCUGCACUUCACAGCUCUUUAUUAUCUGCCUUUACUACCUUCCCAGAUUGGUUCUGUAUCUGGGAGUUGUAAUCAGUCAAAAUGUCCGUGUUGUUGUCAUUAUGCUUUAUAGUCUGGUUCCUGCUUUUGUUAAUCCAGCCAUUUAUUGCUUUAAGACGAAGGAAAUUAAAGAGCUGUUGAUAAAGAGACGGAAAAACUAUAAACAUUGGUAUUGA